CCCAGUGAAGACAGCGCGUGCUUCUGUCCCGUUUGUAUAGAAGCGAAAUUCGGGUAGCUAGAUGACUGUGUGCGAUUUUCUGUGGAUAUAUUGAAUGCCGAUGCAGGAUGCAGACGGAGCAAAAAUAAAAGGAGAUAGAGACAGAGAAAGAGAGAGAGAGAGUGGGAGAGUGCGUGCAGUUAGUACUUCAAAGCUUGACGCCUUGGGAAGCGAGUUGCACAUUGGCGGAAUAGCACGAAACCGCAGUCUGAUUUUGUAGUUUAGAACAACGCACGGACAGACUUGGAAUACAGUGUAUCCGACGAAGGGGAUGCUCGAUGGAAUUAUCAAAUCCUGCUACCGUCCCCCUUUCUACAUCGUGUGGUUAUUUAGUUUCUCUGCGUUGUUUGUCUGUGCCGUUUUGCCUUUCGUUUGAUUCAGUUUUCCGUACACGUACGGAUAUAUUACUCUGAUUCGCGUCCGUUUCUUUCGUUAUAUUUUUGCGUUCGUUGGGGGAGAGCAGACAGGUUUCCCCACUGGCAAGAGAGGAAGAAGAUUUAGCGCAGCGUUAAAUAGUAUUCAUUUCCUCAGUCGCCAGAGAUGGGAGACUUCGUGUUGUUCAAAGAAGCUGACCGUCAGAUAUCUUGUGACUACUGCUAACAGCGACCAGGACCAAUGACAUAGGAUGACCCCUGCUGGCCAGCUCUGUCUGUCUGUGCUGCUGUCCCUCCUCACGCUCUCUUGGGGCCAGGACACCCCUUGCUCUUCCAUGGUGGAAGGGGUGCUGUACGGCUCCUUCUCUCUCCGGGACGUCUUCCCCACCCUCGCCCUCGGCUGCUCCUGGACCGUGGAAAACCCCGACCCGACCAAGUACACCCUCUACUUCCGCUUCAACCGGCACGCCCGGGCCUGCCACGCCUUCGCCCCCAUGCUUAUCCCCCUGGACCACUACCUCGCCAAUCAGACGUGCGCGGCUCCAGCUCGGCCCGACCCCGAGGUGGUGGAGCUGUGCCGGCACGCCGGGCCCUACGCCUUCAUGCAGUUCGACAAGAACUUCGUGCAGCUGUGCCUGACGGCGGAACCCGCGGCGGGGGCGGAGCCCGUCUCCGUGGAAACGCUGGAUUUCCACCUGGUGGAGGUGCUCCUGAUCAACAACGAGAACUCCAGCCAGUUCACCUGCGGGGUGCUGUGCCGCUGGUUUGAGGACUGCCUGCGCUCGGGCAGGGAGAGCGAGGGAUGCGGGAUCACCCAGACCGGCUGUAUCUGCCCGGACACCACCCAGCCCGUCCCGCUCAUCCCCGCCACGCCCCACAACGACUCCUCCUACCACAGCUACAACGUCAUCCUCUCCCCCACCGACGACUGCUGCGUCACUCAGACGCACUCCCAGAAUGCCAUCAUUCUCGCGCCCAGGGACGUCCGGCAAGACCCAGAAGAUGACGACCUGAGAGUGAAGACACAGAGACCCCGAUCUGCUGACUCACCUGGACUGUACCAGGCCCAAACAGGAGACCCAGCGGCGGAGGAGUGGUCGCAGUGGAGCGUGUGCUCUCUGACGUGCGGGCAGGGUGUGCAGGUGCGCACUCGCUCCUGUGUCUCCUCCCCUUACGGGACCCUGUGCAGCGGACCGCUGAGAGAAACACGCCUCUGCAACAACACCGUCACCUGCCCAGUACACGGGCUUUGGGAGGAAUGGUCUCCGUGGAGCCUGUGUUCCGUCACGUGUGGGAGGGGCUCUCGGACCCGGACCCGAAGCUGCAUGGCCCCUCAGCACGGAGGCAAGGCUUGCGGAGGCCCAGAGCUACAGUCGAAGGUCUGCAACAUUGCUGUGUGCCCUGUGGAGGGGCAGUGGCUGGACUGGUCCCCGUGGUCUCGCUGCUCCUCCACCUGCGGGGGCGGGGUGCAGCAGCGGCAGAGGAGGUGCAGGGUGUCGGUGCACGGCUGGGCGGAGUGCAGGGGGACGCACGCAGAGACACGCCAGUGCAACACCCAGGACUGUGGGGUUGGCGGGAACUGGGGUUCCUGGAACGAGUGGAGCCCGUGUUCCAGAACAUGUGACUCCGGGUGGCAGCGGCGUCUGCGCAUGUGCCAGGGCGUGGGCACCCAGGGCUACCCCUGCGACGGCAGCGGGGAGGAGGUGCGCACCUGCAGCGACAGGAAGUGCCCAGCACCUCAUCAGAUGUGUCGCGAUGAGUACCGGGAAGCCAUGACCUGGAAGAGUGCCACAGCAGGAGACACUGUGUAUAACAAGUGUCCAUCAAACGCAACUGGGUCUGCUAGUCGUCGUUGCUUGCUGAACUCUAAUGGAGUUGCUUCCUGGGGUCCUCCGACCUUCGCCCGAUGCGUCUCGCUUGAGUUCCGAUAUUUACAUCUAUCACUGAGAGAGCAUCUUGCGAAGGGUCAGAGGACCCUAGCGGGGGAAGGCAUGUCUCAGAUCGUGAGGAGUCUUCACCAGUUACUGUCCCGGAGGCGCUACUACAGCGGCGACCUCUUAUUCUCAGUGGAGAUUCUCCGAAAUGUGACGGACACCUUCAAACGAGCAACCUACGUUCCAGCUUCCGACGAUGUGCAGAAAUUCUUCCAGGUAGUCAGCUACAUGUUGGACUUGGAAAAUCGUGAGAAGUGGGAGGAUGCUCACCAGGUCUCUCCUGGCUCCAUGCUGCUUAUGCGAGUUGUAGAGGACUUUAUCCACCUAGUGGGGGAGGCUCAGAAGCCUUUCCAGAGUUCUCUCAUCAUCACAGACAACCUGAUGGUCACUAUUCAGCGGGAGCCGGUCUCAGCCGUCUCCAGUGACAUUAACUUCCCUGUGAAGGGGCGGCGGGGGAUGAAGGACUGGGCACGCUCCUCUGAGGACAAGCUCUUCAUCCCUAAGGAGGUCUUCACCCUGUCCUCUGAAGAGUCUGAGGACGCCUCGUACUUUGUGAUCGGGGUGAUCCUGUACCGUACGCUUGGAUUCAUCCUGCCAGCACCCGAAAGCCCCCUGGUCAUCACUUCCAAGGUUCUUACGAUGACGGUGCGGCCUCCUCCUAAAACCAUGGAUGCCACAGUGGUGGUGGAGCUCUCCCCUCUGCUCAACGGUACAUCAGAUCCUCACUGUGUUAUCCUGGAUUACUGGAAUACGGAGGACGUUCCUGAACACUGGGACACUGAAGGCUGCCAGACGCAGGCAGUCCAGCCUCCAGCGCUGCACACCAAGUGUCUCUGCAGCAGGCUGUCCACAGUGGCAGUGUUAGCACAGCAGCAAGAGGAGCAGGAGGCGGGGCCUGCCAGCCUGCCCUCGCUGCCCCUCAUGGUGGGAUGUGGGGUGUCCUGCACGGCACUGCUCACCCUGCUGGUGGCCUAUGCUGCCCUCUGGAGGUACAUCCGCUCAGAGAGGUCCAUGAUCCUGCUGAACUUUGGCCUGGCGAUCCUGGCCUCUAAUGUGCUCAUCCUGGUGGGACAGUCCCAGACACUCAACAAGGUUGUGUGCACGAUCACAGCUGCCUGUCUGCACUUCUUCUUCCUGUCCUCUUUCUGCUGGGUGUUGGCGGAGGCGUGGCAGUCUUACCUGGCUGUGAAUGGCAGGACAAGGACACGCCUCAUUCGCAAGCGUUUCCUGUGUCUGGGCUGGGGUCUUCCAGCUCUGGUUGUUGCGGUGUCGGUGGGAUUCACCAGGGCACAGGGCUACGGCUCAGUCAGCUCCUGCUGGCUGUCCCUGGAAAGGGGCUUGCUGUACGCCUUCGUGGGACCUGCUGCUGUCAUCGUACUGGUGAACAUGUUGAUCGGAAUCGUCAUCUUCAACAAGCUUGUGUCCCGGGACGGCAUCUCAGACAAGUCCAAAAAGCAGAAAGCAGGUCAGGCGCUGGAGCCGCACGGUGGACCGCUCCCCAAAUGCUCCCAGUGUGGGGUGAACUCCCGCAGCACUCUGUCCAGGGCCACCACCAGCAGCGUCAUGGCGUCUCUGUGGAGCUCCUGCGUGGUGCUGCCCCUGCUGGCUCUCACCUGGAUGUCAGCUGUCCUGGCCAUCACCGACAGGACCUCCGUCCUGUUCCAGGUGCUCUUCGCCGUCUUUGACGCGGUGCAGGGCGUGGUCAUCAUCACCGUUCACUGUGUACUGCGGCGAGAGGUGCAGGAUGCAUUGUGUGGUCGCAUGGGCGUCUGCAAGGACGACAGCGAGAACUCCCCGGACUCCUGCAAGAACGGCCAGACAGACUUUGAGAAAGAUGUGGACCUGGCCUGUCAGACAGUCAUUUUUAAAGAGCCCACCAUCACAGGUACGCUGUCCCGUAUCUCCCUGGACGACGAGGAUGAUCCCAAACUGGCUAGCAACAAGGACACCAUCAAUCUCAGCAGCCUGCCGGGCAACAUCCCACCACCAAACCUGCUGGUCCAAGUCCCGCCACUAGGGGGCCUGAACGAGCUAAGCGAACAGUCGUUGAAGAAGGAAGUGAACGUCGAGCAGCAGCACCAGCAGGGGACGCCGGUGUACCUGUGCACGGAGAGCGGGCUGGGAUGGGUGCGGCCCCAGGCCGUCCCGGGGUGCGGAGGCGAGCGAGACUACAUGGCCCUGCCCGGCAGGACGAGCUUCAAGGCCAUGCCCCGCGAGGCCGAGGACAUGCCCCUGAACAUCACGGUGCACGACGCCCCCUUCCCCCCAGCCCUGCACCCAGCCGAGGGCAAGGCCCUGUACGGCUUUGUGUCCAUGGACCACAUCAACACGAACCUGAGCCAGUCCUACAGAACGCUCAAACCACUGCCCACCCACGCACUGCAGUUCAAACAGCACCCCUCAGUCCGACACAUCCUUACCGGGACAGCUAAUCGGACCAGAACACUGCCCCGAAAACUGGGCAGCACCCACACCAGCCUUUCUGUGGGGUCCCUGGAGGUAAGUGGGGGAGGGGCGUUGAUGGUCAUGCCUGCCCACCCCGCCACCUGCCUAAAGUCAAAUGCCACUGUACUGUUCACCCUCAGAAAAAAAUCUCAGAGCAGCACUGUAAUAUGCCGCUUUAUCAUAGUGUUGGUUUCAGCAGUUUUAUUCACAGUGAAAUGUAUGAAGCCAGUCAAAGGAUGGUUUUUAAUUGAUAUUCCUGAAGAGAUGUGAGAUGGGUUGUGAAAUGGAUUCAGAAUUUCUGAAGGCCAUGAAACACACACAGU